CUUUGCCCUUUUUGGUCGGUUUCGCGUUCCGUCGCAGCCACCAUCUCCAGCACAAAGUACGCUUACCAGAAACUCAGAAGUGAUGUUUCCUGCGCUGAAAUGAGAUUUUGAUCUGCCGCUCGUCUCCUCAUGGCGGAGGUCUAUUAUGUUGGGGUGGACGUGGGCACUGCCAGUGUGAGGGCUGCACUGGUGACCAGAGCUGGUCUGAUAAAGAGCACUGCAGAGGAGCCCAUCAGCAUCUGGGAGCCCCAGUCUGACUACUAUGUCCAGUCCUCCACUGAGAUCUGGGAGAAAUGCUGCACAGUUGUCAAGCGAGUUACCCAAAGUGUGGAGAGGAGUCAAGUACGAGGGAUCGGCUUUGAUGCCACCUGCUCAUUAGUGGUUUUGGACCAAGGCUUCCAGCCUGUGCCAGUCUGUCAGGAUGGUGACAGACAAAGGAACGUGGUGAUGUGGAUGGACCAUCGCGCUGAAGAGCAGGCUGCUCGUAUAACCAACACAGGCCACAGAGUCCUGAGCAGGGUGGGAGGGGUCAUGUCACCAGAGAUGCAACCGCCUAAGCUGCUCUGGCUCAAAGAGAAUCUGAGAGAAAGCUGCUGGAACAAAGCUGGACACUUUUUCGACCUUCCAGACUUCCUGUCUUGGAAGGCAACAGGCUCUUUGACACGGUCUUUAUGUACUCUGUUGUGUAAAUGGACGUAUUGCCCUCCAGAAGGAUGGGAUGCUGGUUUUUGGACUAGCAUUGGAAUGGAGGAUAUCCUCGAAAACAACUUUUCCAAAAUAGGCAGCACGACGUGUUCUCCAGGGAUCCCGUUGGGAGACGGACUCACCCAGGAGGCAGCAGCAGAUUUGGGUUUGGAGCCGGGAACUGCAGUUGGUGCUUCUGUCAUUGAUGCUCAUGCUGGAGGCCUUGGCGUGAUGGGUGCAGAUGUAAAAGGCUUUCACUUACCCUGUGAGGACCAACCAAUCACCUCCCGCAUGGCGAUGAUCUGUGGAACGUCAACCUGUCACAUGGCGAUCAGCGAGCAGCCCCUGUUUGUGCCAGGAGUGUGGGGGCCCUGCUUGUCUGCCAUGGUGCCGGGCAUGUGGCUCAACGAGGGAGGACAGAGUGCUACAGGAAGGCUGAUCGAGCACAUGGUGAAGGGCCACGCCGCCUACACACAGCUCCAGGAAGAGGCUCGGCAGAGAGUUCCCUUCACUGGCGUGAACAUCUACAGCUAUCUGAACAGCCAUCUGAGUUCAAUGGCUAACUCCCGUACUACUGUUGACCUGCUGGCCUCCAGUCUUCAUGUGUGGCCGGACUUCCAUGGGAAUAGAUCGCCCCUGGCUGACCCCACCUUGAAAGGCAUGGUGAUCGGACUGCCCCUGUCCCAAACCUUGGAUGACUUGGCCCUGCUCUAUUUGGCCACUAUACAAGCCCUUGCUCUUGGUACUCUUCAUAUUCUGGAGGCCAUGAAAGACGCAGGGCAUGACAUCAGAACCCUCUUCCUGUGUGGUGGGUUGAGCAAAAACGCCCUGUUUGUCCAGAUACACGCCAACGCUACAGGAUUGCCUGUGGUGUUGCCUGACCAGACAGAGGCGGUGUUAUUAGGUGCAGCAAUCCUGGGUGCAUGUGCAUCACAGGACUACAGCACUAUACAGGAGGCAAUGAAGGGAAUGGCUAAAGUGGGGAAAGUUGUUCAGCCUGACUAUGAGCUCCAGAGCUUCUAUGAGAGAAAGUACAAAGUGUUUCUGCGACUGUUCGCCCACCAGAGGGAGUACCAGGCCCUCAUGAACCAGGGAUGACACUGCUGGUGGGAGGCGGCUGAGCUGGAACUGACUCUCUCUGACUUCCCAAGAUCAAAGUUGAUAAGCUCAUCACUGAUGCUGUGGACACGGUGAGAGGGAACGCCAAAUCCCAGACAGCUGAGUUAACAGCCGCCUUCAAACAGAACUACCUUAUGAUAGAGAAAGGACAUGGAGAGUGCUGCUGGCCAAAGCUAACAAACUCAUGCAGGUGCUUCUGAAAGGUAGUGUCCAGAAGUCACGACAGAGCAAUUUUUAUUGUUUGCUAAAUCAUUCUUUAGGCUAAAAAAAAUUAAGCUUAAUCCUUUCAUUGUCCCACACAGGUGACAUUUUUUAUAUCAGACACUCAACCUUCAGAGUAUAGAUACAGUAAAUCAACAAGACUUUUAGUGAAAUGUAUAGUUUGGCCUGGAAAACCCAAUGCAAAGUUAAAAUAGUUAAACUAAUCAGUUAUGUGAAAGUAGACAAUUCUACGUGUACUAAACAGUUUAAACAUGUGUAACUAACUGUGUUUAAUGGAGUACACCUGUCAGAUAAAAUGAGUACACAGGCAUGGAAAUAACAUUGUUUGCAUCCUUUGCGUAACUAGCAACGUACACCUUUUCCUCUUACAUCCAAAAAGAUGUGCAUAGGUAGACAAUACAUAUAUGAUAGCACUGUUACAAAACAGAAACUUCUCUGCCAUACUGUAUA